UUUAUCGUCGGAGCGAGUUUUCUCAUCACCAGCACCAGCAUCCAUCUCAACAAUGGCAGGCACUUAGACAUAUACGGCCGCAAAGCCACACUGGCCAUGGCGCUUUCCAUCAUGGGCGUCGAUAACUUCACAUCUGGCUUUUCCUCAACACCUUUAGAGCUGCUUCCCACGCGUGCAAUCAAGGGCUUUGGCGCAAGGGCCAUCCGUGCGUUCGUACAGAUUGUCUUCGCGGAUAUCACAAGGCCGAAGCAGCGGGACUCCUACUUGGAUAUGGUCGGGACUGUGGUAGCCUUCGGGAAUGAACUGGGCCCUCUCAUCAGAGGUACACUUACACGCAUAUUAGUGUGACAAUGUGCAUUCUGGCUCACUCUACGAGGAUCUUUAUCUAUGUCAAGCUCCUCAUCGGCUGGAUCUACUGGGGCAGUCUAUUUAUCAUUCCCCUAUUCCCGGGCUCGAGGCCUGCUCAAGCUGGAGUAUUGAUGAUUCCAAUGUAUACACCAUACAUUUCUGUCUUGCCUAUACAGAAAGAAGACGGGGUUAAUCCCAAGUCUGGCCGGCACCAGGUGUACGGACGUGACUUGGGACGAGUAAGCGAGCGUUUGGCGUCGCGCGGCCAUUUGGUACCGAGAUACACACGUCGCUAAGCCACAAGAAACUACGACGGCCCCACUGCUUAUCUACGGUUAGACUACGGAGUAGAUAAGUCUGAGGUUAGUGGCACGUAAGGGCCCACACAUGCAGCUGCUGUCAUAUAUAAGAGCACAGGCAUAGCAGAGUGAACGGAUCCUCG